AUGACACAUGCAGGAGGAAAAGCGCCGCAUCCAUUAACUCCAUGGUUUGAAGUACUUCACAAUGAAAAAGCAAAUAAAAAUAAUAAGAAAGCUCUUUGUUUAUCUUGUAUUCGAUAUGUAGGACGAGACUUCUUAUUAAAAGAUGAAAAUAAUAAAAUUACAAAUACUCAAC